ACAUGAAUCGUCCCACGUUGGGCAAAGACUGAGAGAACCCGCCAGCUCCCAGCUGAUGCUUUCACUGCACCGGAAAACCACCCCCAACGACAAUCUAACUGACUCUCUCUCUCUCGUAAUCCUUAGCUCUAACCUCCUCGCCGGGGUACAUACCAUUAGUCGACCUUUUAAGCUAUCUAUCUCUUCCUCUAACUUCGACAAUUUCUAUUUCUGGGUUUGAAAUGCCUUGCCUUUUCACCUAAUUGAGUCUGGCAGCAAUGAAUAAUUGUUGAUUGUCUCAAAUUAUUAUUAGUAUUAUUAUUACUGCUAAUUAUUAUUAUUUUACUUUUGAUUUGGAGAUGGAGGCUUGAGGUUUAGAGGAAGGAGGAUGGUUUUGCUGUUUGUUAUGUUGUUGCAGAGGAAUCGGGUGAUGUUUGCGAAAGAGAACGACAGUUUUUCUUUUUUAGUUCGAAUAGAUACGUAAUGUGGGGGGAAUUUGAAGUUUAAUUUCAGUUUUUUCGAAGAAAACGGUGUUUUUAUUCGAUUUCGAGGUUGGAUGCUUAUAUUCUUUUCCAGAUCUUCAAAUAAAUGAAGUGAAUGAAUGCUUUCAAGUAUGAGUGCACCAGAGUGGUGUAUAAGGAAGAAUUUGAUAGUGUCCGAAAUGUAGUUGGAAUAGAAACGGUUUCAGUUUUCAAGUUAAACAUGAUUUAUUAAUUUAUUCGCUUGAAAGAUUGCGUUUAACUCUACCGUGUUUAGCUGAACUUUAGGAGACGAGCAGAGUUUAGGGCCUUUCGAACCCACAUUUUGUUCCAAAAGGUUUAUGAGUAAAGAUUUAAUGAUACUGGUUCGGAUCAAUGAAGGAAUCUCAGUGGUUUAAGCAGAUAACGAACCAUGGGAGACCCGGAAGGAGGCUCUCCCUCGGAGAAUAUAAACGAACUGUUUCUUGGUCCAAAUACCUGGUUUCUUCUGGUGCAGCAAUUAAAGGUGAUGGAGAAGAUGAAUGGAGUGCCGAUUUGUCUCAGCUGUUCAUUGGGAAUAAGUUCGCAAUGGGACGGCACAGUCGGAUCUAUCGCGGGGUAUACAAGCAGAUGGACGUGGCCAUAAAGCUCAUUAGUCAACCCGAGGAAGACGAGAACUUAGCUACUCUGUUGGAGCAGCAGUUUACCUCAGAGGUCGCCUUGCUCCUUCGGCUCCGGCAUCCUAAUAUCGUGACUUUUGUUGCAGCAUGUAAGAAACCCCCUGUUUUCUGUAUCAUCACUGAGUAUUUGGCAGGGGGCUCACUGCGAAAAUACCUCCACCAGCAUGAACCAUAUUCUCUUCCCCUUGACCUGGUUUUAAGGUUGGCCCUUGAUAUUGCUCGUGGAAUGCAUUAUCUUCAUUCUAAGGGGAUACUUCAUAGGGAUCUCAAAUCAGAAAAUCUACUGCUUGGUGAAGAUAUGUGUGUCAAAGUGGCAGAUUUUGGUAUCUCCUGUCUAGAAUCUCAGUGCGGAAGUGGAAAGGGGUUUAUGGGUACUUACCGCUGGAUGGCACCUGAAAUGAUAAAGGAAAAGAAACACACGAAGAAAGUUGAUGUAUACAGUUUUGGCAUAGUCCUUUGGGAGAUUUUAACAGCAUUAACUCCUUUCCAGGACAUGACUCCAGAACAGGCUGCUUUUGCUGUUUCAGAAAAGAAUGCAAGACCUCCUUUGCCCCCUGCUUGCCCAAAGGCAUUCCGCCAUCUCAUAAGCCGAUGCUGGUCAAGCAACCCAGAUAAGCGGCCCCACUUUGAUGAGAUCAUCUCAAUCCUUGAGAAUUACACAGAAGCUCUUGAAGAGGAUCCAACAUUUUUCUCAUAUUACAAGCCAUCAAAACAUCAAACAUUUCUGCAAUGCAUCCCACGGUGUAAAACUCUCUGUAGGUUCACUUCCUUGAAAGCCUAGAAUUUUUUUUUAUCUUGAAUUGUGUGACAUGUAGUAUGUACCAUAUAUUUCUUCCUGUGGUUCAUAUUUUAAAUUAUGAGCCUUCUAUGUAACUUUCUGGUUAAAAGUGAUUAACAACAGGAACAAAAAGGGUUCCUUAUCUUGGUAAGUGAAUGUGUAUAUUUGCCACAUUUUCCUUGUUAUCUUUGUGCAGAAUCCAUAACUGAACUCUUAAAUUGCUUGAAAUGUUAUUGAAAAUAUCUGAUUAUUCUAA